AUGGCUAGUAAGGUCAUCUAUAUCGUUGUAUCCUUAGUCUUGUUUGUCGGUUGCGCUAUAGGCGUGGUUCUCUUGAUUGUCAACAAAGGAAACGAGGAUGACAAUCUUAAUAUGAGUACCAAAGCCGCCGAGAGCGUCUGCAAACCAACCGAGUACAAAGAGGCUUGCAACAAAGCGGUGACCGAUGUGGCCAAGAACUCCUCUGCCACCCAUGAGGACUACAUCCUUGCUGUCAUCCGUGCAACUGCGGAUGAAUUGCACAAGGCCCUUGAAAAGGCCACUGCCAAAAAGAAAGAUCUGGGUGAUGACAAAAAGGAGUCCCAUGGUGACCUUGAGACAUGUGAGAAAAUGAUAGGAUAUGCUACCGAUGAGCUCCAACAGGUGCUUAAGGUCGUCUCCGAGACAGAUGCAGUCUCGUUAGCCGAACAGAUUGACCCUAUACUUGUUUGGUUGACUGCGGUACGUUCAUACCAGACGACAUGCGUGGAAGAGAUCAGAGACGAAAAACUAAAGAAGGACAUGCAACAAGGAUUGGAAACCUCUAACGAGCUAACCUUUAACGCACAAAAGAUUGUCUAUCACGUGCUCGAUAUCCUUAAGGAUAUUGGAGUUGACUUAGGUGAGUUAAAACUCCCGCCCGCUGGUCGUCGUAGGCUUCUUGACGAGAUCGAUGAGAUGGAUAAACAUGGUUUUCCAUCAUGGGUCUCUAGUAUGGACCGCAGGCUUCUUGGAGCCAAGAAAGGUGGAGGUAAGAAAGGAGGAAAAGGCCAAGGGCUGUUCAAAACUCCCCCACCGCCUCCUCUUCCACCAAACGCCCCACCAAAUGUGGUCGUGGCUCAAGAUGGUAGCGGAAAGUUUAAAAGCAUUAAACAAGCUUUGGCAUCUUAUCCCAAUAAUCACCAAGGAAGAUUUAUAAUCCAUAUCAAAGCUGGUACGUACAAUGAAGGACAAAUCAUCGUAGACAAAAGGAUGAACAAUGUCUACAUGUACGGUGAUGGUCGAGAUAAGACCAUUAUCACAGGUUCGCUAAACUUUGCUAUAGCAAAAAUUGGAACCUCUCAAACCGCAACAGUGGUUGCUCUUGGAGAACGGUUCAUGGCUAGGGGAAUAGGGUUUAGAAACACGAUUGGGCCAGCAGGACACCAGGCGGUUGCAUUUCGAUCUCAGUCUCCUCACACUGUUAUGAUGGAUUGCAGUUUUGAGGGUUACCAAGACACACUGUACUACCAUGCUCAUGAUCAGUUUUACAAGAAUUGUCUGAUCUCCGGAACUGUUGACUUUAUAUUUGGGGUGGGCCGGGCUUUUAUUCAAGACUCGGAUAUACUUGUUCGAAAACCGGAUAAAAAUCAAGCCAGCAUGGUGACAGCAGAUGGAAGAAUGAAAAUGGAAGAAGCAGGAGGCGUGGUGCUUCAUAAUUGCAAGAUCAAUGCAGCACCGGAAUUGGCUCCAGUGAAAGGACAAUUUGCAACCUACCUAGGACGACCAUGGAAACCUGCGGCAACAUCGGUGAUAAUGAUGUGCGACAUAGGAGAUUUGAUUAAACCAGAAGGUUGGACAAUAUGGGAAUCGCCGGAGGGGAAGAACAACCAUAUGACGUGUAUGUUCAGGGAGUUUAAAAACAGGGGACCGGGCUCCAAUUUAGCAGGUAGGGUCAAAUGGGCAGGCUAUAAGCCCAUCACAAAUGACAAAGAUGCACUUGGUUUUACAGCCGGCACAUUCUUACAGGGAGGAACUUGGCUACCUCAAAUGGGUGUACCAGCUAGACUUGGGUUAUAAUCAAAUAGUAUUCUUCCAUUCGGUAAGAUGACUCUAUUUUUCU